AUGUCAGGAAAGAAUACAAAAUCGCGUAAUACGAUCCAGACGCAGCUGAGGCCUGGUUUACAGACCGCAGCCCCGCCUUCAGGUGAGCCGCCAGGUUCCACCGAAGCGCAGGCUAUCCCUGACGCCGCUGCCCUUAAAGUGGAGCUAAUGACAUCGCUGAAAGAAGACAUCGCCGAGAUAAUAAAAAAGCAGUUGCAGGAGACGCUCGGGGAUUCUUUGUCGACUAUCCAGCUUGAUCUACAAACCGUUAAAACACAGCUCGCGAAUAAUAAAGCAGCUACUGAUGCUACAUUAGCCGAGCUCAAGUGCACCGUGGGAGAAGUGGAAAACGCACUAUCUGAAUGUUCCGAUGACAUUGCUGUGAUGAAAGCAACAAUCAGUAGCCUGACUGCUAACGUUGCCAAGCUCGAAAAUAAAUGCGAGGAUUUAGAAUCCAGAUCACGGCGUAACAACAUUAGGAUAGUGGGGGUUCCCGAGGGCCCCGGUACGUGUGACACCGCUGCUGUAUCUGCCUUGCUGAAGGAAGCGUUCGCUUUGGAAAAGGAGCCGCUUCUGGAUCGGUCACAUCGGACCCUUCAACCAAAGCCUCAGCCAAAUGAACGACCACGAGCCAUUGUGUGUAAGCUUCAUUACUACAGCGACUGUGUUGACAUUUUACGCCGUGCAAGAGAGCUCCGUCAGAUUCCACUCAGAGGUAUGACGCUCUCCGUGUUCCCGGAUUACACUGCCAAGGUGGCCCGGGCCCGGGCUGCCUUCAAUGAGGUCAGGAAAUUACUCCGCGGCAUAGAUGGUGCUCGUUACGGACUAAUCCAUCCAGCACGUCUCCGCAUUACUUUCAAGGGUGUUGAGAAGGACUUCAUCUCAGCGGAUGAAGCCAAAGAAUACGUCCAAACCUUAAUUUCUGGGUGA